UGAUGAUGAUGAUGAGGAGGAGGAGGAGGAGGAGGUGGUGGUGGUGGUGGUGGUGGACAAGGUGAAGAAAAGUAGUGGGAAAUCUCAUUACGUAGAAGCUGACAGCAAGUAUGAGGAGGUGGAGGUGAAUGAGGAGAAGAAGGAGGUGGAGGUGGACAAGGCAAAGAAAAGAAGAGGGAAAUCUCGGUACGUAGUAGAUGACUGCGAGUAUGAGGAGGUGGAGUUGAAAGAGGAGAAAAAGAAGGAGGUGGUGGUGGAGAAGGAUGAUGACUGGAAGAAAGAGAGGAAGAAGAAAAGGAGUGGCCGAAGUUACCACAUUAUUGAGAUGUUUAACUCCCUUGAUCCAUCAAUGAGGGUGCAGCUGCUUGUGUGUGACUAUGACGAAUAUAUCGUCGGCUUCCGGCGGCAGGAAAAGAGAGUAUGGGGUACAUGGUACCGACUUCGGGGGGAGUACAUGCCCACCUGGCUGAAUCCUGCUGAAAUUAGAGUGUCUGGCAACCACAGCAAGGAGACCACCGUGGGAGGCAUUGAUUGCAUCAUGCAUAUGUUUUACGCGCUGGCUCAGUCUGAGAGUGACCUUGCUGAGAUCAAGGCAGCCUUGCUCCGGGCUGUCGUGAUGUUUUGCGAAGCACUUCGUUUUCUCUGUAUCCUUCAGAUGGUCAUCGAUGCAAUUGCAAACAACCAAGAUGCCACCCCUCUGCCUAACCACUUCUGGGGACGCAUCAACAAUUGGGGUCAACUCUCCAGGAUGGCGCUGCAAGUAUGCAAGAACGGCGCUGUUGACAGUCCUACUUUGUUGGGCAGGGUCAUGCACAGAUGCCAAUAUUUUUCAUUUGAGGAGAUCAUUGGAGAUAGGACAAAGGGUGACUUGACACUGCUGAUGCGGAACGAUGAAAUCCUGCUUGACAGAGCAACGUGGGAGUCCCUGCAGGAAGAGGGUGCGGGAGAAGAUGUCCAUGACCCCCGUUUCUAGUUACUGAAGCUCUACCUGCGCCACCUGCUGCAGUUUUCUCCAACCCUGCUGCUGGUCUUCUCCAAACUCUGCUGCUCUUCGUCUACGCCUCGUGUUGCUGCUACAAUCUGCACCUCCCUUGCUGCUGCUCCCCUUCAUGACCAUCAGCGCGACGACAACUACCUCUUCUUCGCCAACCUGUGCUGAUCAUGUAACCUCUGUAAAUUUUGAUUGGAGACUAUGAUCUGUCCAUAAAUGAUGUUUGGUGCUGCCUUGUCAAUUUAGUACUAGUUCUAUAUGUGUUAUCUAUCCUGCAAAAGUACAAACGAUAAUCAUUUUAGCAGCAACUGAAGUGAAUGCUUAACAACAAUUAUCUGAAUAUUAAUACCAAACUCCUCACGGUCAGGGUAGUGCACUUGUUUGAACGAAUUAAGAGUAAAAAUUCAGCUUCGAUCAUCAUUGUAUGGUCAAAUCUGUUGUAACUACAGAAAUCGCCAGUUACCACAAAUCAGCCUUGCCUAAAAUGAAUCUAAGUAGUGCCUUUCGUCAGUAGUGUUUUUUAAAGGGUAGAGCUCUAUAGGUCAGGUAAUAGUGUCAUUACAAUCACUGUUAGUCAUGCCCAGCACUAUUCUGCCCCUUGUCCUGGUUCUAUGUCGGGUUUGCAGCAAGGUGAUAGGCACUCUUAACAGAAAACCUACCAUUCUUCUCAUGUUGCCAAGCCUAAAAAUCAUCUUUACCAUAAUUAGAUAAGCAGAUAUCAGGGAUCACAUCUGCAUCAUGUGGAUAACAAACUUCUGAAUCAGAUCCACAUUCCAGCGCUUCGGGUUAUGCAGCAGUAAGUCAGAGAUAGAUGUGACUUCGAGCCUUUCCUAGGUGUGCUGAGACUUAGGUUGCCUCUUGGUACCCAGUUGUCGCCUCAGAUCCUAACUGCGGCACCCGAUCCUAUUCUCCAGAUGAUACCAUGUUUCAGAAGGUCCCGGCCAUGAUUAAUACCCCGCCACACAGGCGAUGAUGCCAUGUUUCAGAAGGUCCAGGCCUAGUGUGUACACCUUCAAUUUUUUUUCAUUCCCCCACCAAAAGUUGCAGAUGAGUUGUAUGAA